UUCAUGAGCCACACCUUUUAAAUACUGCUGCGUUUUCCUGGAUUCACUGCGACUCUCGAGUCAUCUUCAUCUUCAGUCUUCAUCUUCAGUCUUCAUCUGAGUCGCAGAGGAUUCUGAAACGCAAGCGUCAUCAUGGUGAACUGCUGUGGUCUUGUGUCUGAAAAAAACGAACCAGUUCCUCUGAAGAGCAUCUCAGUGCAGCUGCAGAUUAAGGAUCACGUGGCGUCUGUCAGCUCGUGUCUGCAGUAUGUGAACGAGGAGGAGCAUCCGCUGGAGGCUGUGUUUGUUUUCCCGCUGCCCGCCGAUGCUGCCGUCUGCCACUUCAGCGCCAAGAUCGCAGAGCAGGAGAUCGUGGCCGAGGUUCAAGACCGACAGAGCGCGCGGGAUCAGUAUGAUGAUGCUGUGAGCUCGGGUCAGCAGGCGUUUCUGCUGGAAGAGAGCGAGGAGAGUUCAGAUGUGUUCAGACUGAGUGUGGGCUGUUUGUCUCCGGGUCAGAACGCCUCCAUCACCAUCGUUUACGUCAUCGAGCUCAGCGUCCAGGCCGAUGACGCGCUGCGCUUCUGUCUGCCGGCUGUACUCAACCCUCGCUACAAACCAGCAGCUUCAUCGGCCGGUGUUCCAGAAGUGUCCUCAGCAUCUGUUAUUCCUUACACUCUGUCUCUGAGUGUUGAAGUGAGAUCUUCUGCCCGCAUCUCCAGACUGGAGUCCAGCUGCCCUCUGGAUCCUCUGGAGUUCCUCGACGCACAACACACUAACGCCACGGUGAAUCUGAGUGCUGGUCACCGGUUCGAUAAGGAUGUGGAGCUGUUUCUGUAUUAUGAGAAUUCCCAUCAGCCCUCUGCUGUCGUGGAGGCAGGAGCGUCUGCGGCUCAGUCAGGGUCUCUGAUGGGCGACCCGGCGCUCAUGAUCAGUUUGUACCCAGAGUUCCCUGCAGAUGUGAUGUCAUCACUGGCGUCUCAGGGCGAGUUCAUUUUUGUGGUCGACAGAUCAGGCAGUAUGGACUGCAGGAUGCAUCAAGGGAAUGACGCACAGAUGCGUAUCGAAAGCGCAAGAGUAAGAUUUAGGGUUUCAGAUAUGAUGCAUUAACAGGGGUGCACAUAAGUGGUCC